UUUACGACUGCGUACGACUGAAGCUUCUGCUAGCUGUCAGUUUCAUCAAUUUUCUCGUGCUUGGCAAGGUGCCCAUUCGUUCGUAUUAUUACUAUUUAGAAAAAUUGUAAAAAUGAAUGAGGAACGGAGUUCCUUAUUGUUCAAUGCAGUAGUUUCACAGAUACCAGACACUGCGUGUUAUAUACCGAACUUUAUCACCGAGGAGGAAGAGAAACAAAUUAUAAAAUACAUAAAUAGUGUACCACAACCAAAAUGGACGCAAUUGAGUCACCGUAGAUUGCAAAAUUGGGGUGGCAUACCACAUUCUAAGGGAAUGAUAGCGGAAGAGAUUCCUAGUUGGCUUCAGAAUUAUAUAGAUAAAGUAACAGCUUUGAAUGCUUUUGACAGUGCAGUAUUACCUAAUCACGUUUUAAUUAAUGAAUAUUUAUCAGGACAAGGUAUAAUGGCACACUCUGAUGGCCCACUUUUUUAUCCUGUUGUAACUACUAUCAGUUGUGGUUCUCAUACAUUUCUUGACUUUUACAAACGGCUCGACACGACAGAGCAACAACUGCCCAAGUUAGAAUUCAGCUUAUUAUUAGAACGCAGAAGUCUAUUAGUUUUACAAAAGGACUUAUAUCACAAUUAUUUGCAUUCUAUAGCUGAAAGAGAUGUCGAUAGUAUAUCAGAAUCUUCAAUAAAAAAUUUACAUAUGUGUACAGGAAAAUUUACAGAAGGAGAAAUAAUGAAACGUGGUACUAGACUGUCUUUAACUAUUAGACAUGUACCAAAAACUAGCAAAUUAAAAUUAAAGAUUUUUUGAUACAUAUAUUUUGAUAUAUUAUC